AUGAUCAAAGCCAUAGACGCCGAUCUAAAUGCGAUUUCUUUUGACGGCACACAGGUUCCUUAUAACGACUACUGGUACAACAUCUCGGUCUUGCUGACUCGCCUAUUGGCAACCUACGAGAUCCUCGGGUCCGACGACACCAUCAAGGACAUCUGCCACAAUAGGAUCCUCCAGAUAACGCCUAAGGUAAACGUCUCCCUCGGCGUAGAAAGAACCGGCAUUGAGCUAGUGUGGAUUGCGGUCCCUUACCUAGUCACCACUAAUCUCUUCGCCAAAGAUAAGUGUACGACGCCGCAACAAGUUCUGAGUGUAAAAAUCACCCAAGGACUUUGCCGACGGGUUAUACGAAGACGGGUCGUUUCUCACCUCCAGGCUUGUGACUUACAAGCCGCUGAUUGAUUUGCAGAUGUUCUACGUCGAGAUCCUCAAGGUGCUUGAGUUCCCCACAGAGAUCGAAAAUCGCGUCAGAGACAUAUUUAACUCGAUACUCCACCCAGAAAUGGAUAUCGUACCCUUUGGGCUGUUUAGCACCGUCCCUGCGGUGACGUUUCAGCAGCAGGUCUCUCAGUUCUGGCCAGACUUCGUAAAGGCGGCGAACUACAAGACUCAGAUCUUUCCGGUGAUUGGCCUGGGCGUGUUCAAGUCGUCUGACUUUGUCUUUUCGGUCCGCGUCCAGCGGAGCAAUCUUGCGUCGUAUGGAAGCGACGGUCAGGAUAACCUCGCCUUAGGCUGGGUCCAGAUGCGGAAAUUGUUUAUGAGGGGGUUGACUGAAGCUAAGUAUGGCUUCGGGAUAGAGAUGAUGCUGGAUCUGAUAAUGUUACAGCCUGGCGUAAUUUCGGUCAGCCCAACCGAUGAAUCAGAUAGUGUAAAUCCCCCCCCCCCCCCGGCGUGGAAUCACUACGUGAAACACAUUGUAGAGACGUCGCAUGUUGGACACUUUGAAAUCAAAGGCAAAAGCGUGCUCUAUUGGAUGCAGAAGUACACUCUUGAGUACUUAGGAAGAGACUCGUUGGUCACGGAGUACGGCGUUUGCACUGAUAAUGGACUCGUCAUGCGGCACGACGUUAUCAAUCGGUCCGAAAGAACGUUGAGGAUCCAAAUGAAGGAUGAGGAUAUUGAUGCCCGGUGGGAGACCAACUUUGAUUCAAAGGGCUUGACGCUGACAGACGGAGGGUUUGACAUUAAAAAAAAUAAACAGGCUGUGAUAUCCUCGAGAUACGUCAGAAAUAAUUUUGACAAGCCUCAGGAGGUUAAUCAUGACGAGACAAAAAAUUGCAUGAAGUUUGAAUUUGGAGAUAAGACGUUUUUUUGUUAA